AUGACUCACACCAACCUUACCAUCUUCCAUCCUGUAGUUUUUGUUCUACUGGUCAUCCCUGGGUGGGAGGCUUACCACAUUUGGCUAUCAAUACCCCUCUGCCUCAUGUAUAUCACUGCUGUCCUGGGGAACACCAUCCUGAUAGUGGUCAUCAUCACAAAACAUAAUCUUCAUGAGCCCAUGUACUUCUUCCUCUCUAUGCUGGCCAUCACAGACAUCCUGCUGUCUACCACUACUGUACCCAAAGCUCUAGCCAUCUUUUGGCUCCAUGAUAUUGCCUUUGAUGCCUGUGUCACCCAAAUUUUCUUUGUCCAUGUGAUGUUUGUGGGGGAGUCAGCCAUCCUAUUAGCCAUGGCCUUUGACCGCUUUGUGGCCAUCUGUGCCCCCUUGCAUUAUACAACAGUGCUAACAUGGUGUGUUGUGGGAAGAAUUGCUCUGGCCAUUGUCACCCGAAGCUUCUGCAUCAUCUUCCCAGUGAUCUUACUGAAGCGGCUGCCCUUCUGCCGGACCAACAUCGUCCCCCAUUCCUACUGUGAGCAUAUCGGAGUGGCCCGCUUGGCUUGUGCUGACAUCACCAUUAACAUCUGGUAUGGUUUCUCAGUGCCCAUUGUCAUGGUCAUCUUGGACGUGAUCCUCAUUGCUGUGUCUUUGAUCCUCCGAGCAGUGUUUCGUUUGCCCUCCCAAGAUGCCCGGCGCAAGGCUCUCAGCACUUGUGGCUCCCACCUCUGUGUCAUCCUCAUGUUUUGUGUUCCAUCCUUCUUUACAUUAUUGACCCACCACUUUGGACGUAACAUUCCUCGACAUGUCCAUAUCCUGCUGGCCAAUCUUUAUGUGGUGGUGCCACCAAUACUCAACCCCAUUGUCUAUAGUGUGAAGACUAAGCAGAUCCGGGAGGGUGUAGCCCACAGGUUCUUUGACAUCAAGACUUGGUGCUGUGCUUCCCCUCUGGGCUAA